CAUUGUCAUGGACAACAGAAUGGUCAUGAACAACAGAAUAACCAUGGGCAACAGAAUGAUCAUGAGCAGCAGGAUGAUGGACAACAGAAUGAUGGGCAACAGAAUAAUCAUGGGCAACAGAAUGAUAGGCAACAGAAUGAUCAUAAACAGAAAAAUGGUUGUGAAUGA